AACAGCUGUUUGUGCAAUCCAGUCUGUCAAAUAUCUCAUGUCCAAAAUAGUCAACAUUCUGCAGUUUGGUUUGGUUUAAUUCCAAUUUAGAAAGCCAAAAACAAUAAGUUAUUCUUUCUUGAGUUAUUGAAAAGGUGCGCAAAAUGGACACGCCUCAAAUGGACAGCCUGCAGCUGCUACCGAGCGGUGAUCCGUGCCGGCUGUGUUUGAAAAAGUGCGAACAAUCCUACGGUCUGUACGUGAAUUCUCCGGACGGCUUAAUGAGGGAGCUGCCGAAAAAAAUUCUGGACUGCAUAGCGCUGGAAAUUACCGACGACGAGCCGCAGAUCUUCUCCAAGCUGGUGUGCAGCGAUUGCGUCUACAAGCUGGACUAUUUCUACGAGUUUCGGGAAAAUUGCCGCAAGUGUCAGGCCUUCUUCAGCGAAAUGUUGAUGUUUUGCCAAGCGGAAGCGGCUAUCGAGCGUCAGCAGGAGCAACAUCACAUUCAUGACGUGCACCAGCAGAUUCUGCCGGAGAUCAACUUCCCUGGGCACGAUUUCAUGCUGGACGGAAACACCAACAAGGACUACGAGUACAUCAUUCAAAGCCUGGAAAAGGAGGACAUUUCAUUUUCAGCCAACGUGGAGGCUCUUAAAUUGAAACAGGAGUUGGAGAUUUCGAUACAGCAGAAUCAACAGGAAGACGGAAAGUAUAUUCCCAUGGGGGAACCGUCGGAUCCGGGUGGGGUCAUGCCCAGCGAGGAAACGUGCUUCAACAAUUUGGAAGCGAUAGUGGAAUCGAUUGCCCAGCAGAACGCCUCUGUUGGGUAUGCGAUGGCGGAUAAUGUCCCGGAUGACGAUCUCGAUUACGAUGAUUUCGUUGGAAUUGAAACCGUCGAUGACAACAGGGAUGCUUCUAUUUCAGAGAUACAACUUCAACAGAUCACUGAAGAACCACCCCCAAAGUAUGAACCCGCCGACGAAAUCGUUCCCCUCCCAUUGGCUUCCGAUGAAAUCCCAGUGCAAGUCGCACCCAUAGAACCGGUCCCAGUGGAGGAGCCACCCGUCCUACUUCCGCAAGCCCCAAACGAUCGCACCUGUGAUAUAUGCGGGAAGGUUUGCACAACCCGGACCAAACUGAAGCUCCACCGCAAUACGCAUCUCAACAUUACUCCGUACAGUUGCCACGUCGAAGGUUGCCCCAAGGCAUUCAAAUCGAAGAAGGGCCUGGACGAGCACAUGGCCAACCAUACCGGAAAUUUCGCUCUCUCCUGCAACAUUUGCGGCAAAGGCUUCCUGAAGCAGAGCAACCUGACCAGCCACCUGAGGACACAUUCCGACGAGAAAUCAUUCCGGUGUAACAUUUGCAAACAGGCCACCUUCAAGAGCAAGAAGGCUCUCCAGGAUCAUAAAAACCGCCACCUCGGACUGAAACCGUUCGAAUGUGGCCAGUGUGGCAAGCAGUUCACCAAUCGGUAUUUGCUGCAACAGCACGAGCUGGUCACCCACACGGGAGUUCGGUUUCCGUGUCCCCAGUGUGACAAGACGUUCACCUGUAAUAGCUAUCUGAAAGUGCAUCUGCGCAUCCACCAGAACGAUCGGCCCUUUGUGUGCGAGGUGUGCAACCGAGGUCACGUGACCCGGAGGGAUUUGGAGGUGCACAUGACGCUGCAUACGGGGGAGAAGAAGUUUGUCUGUGAUGUGUGCGGUAAGGACUUUGCACGGUUGAUUGCGCUGUCCUUCCACCGCCGGAUACACGAGCCUCGGGCGAAGAACUCGGAGGUUCAGCUGUCCCUGAGUUGAUGUUGAAUAAAUUGUUGGCUUGCGAA